AUGUCAUCAUCAGGAAGUCCGAAUACUAGUUCGAAUAUUGUUCUAUCAAAUAUUGUUACAUCAGCUUUGGGUCAAUUAAAUUGGGCUGAAUUAGAACAAAAACAACCUAAACCUGUUAAACCUCUUCAUGUUAAACGUCCGAUGAAUGCAUUUAUGGUUUGGGCACAAGCUGCUCGAAAAAAUUUAACAACUAAUUUAUCUGUUGUUAAUAAUGCACAAUUAAGUAAAACAUUAGGAAAAUUAUGGAAAUCAUUACCACAAGAACAGCGUCGACCAUUUAUUGAAGAAGCUGAACGUAUUCGGGAACAACAUAAACGUGAUUAUCCUGAAUAUCGAUAUCAACCAAAACGUAAAGUUAAAAAUGCUCGUUAUCAUCCAUAUUCAACACCAAAUACAAGUAAAUCAUCUUCAUCACCAUCAUCUUCAUCAGCUAAUGAUAUAAGUGUACAAAGUGAUCAUCAUCAUCCACCUAUGACUUCAUCACCAUGUUCAUCAUCUAUUGACGAAUCGACAACAAGUAUGUCAUCUGUUAUUCCAUCAUUUCAAUCUCAACAAAUUUAUUCAACAAAAUAUAAUCAUGAUGAUGACAAUGAUGAAAGUGGUUGUAGCUCAAAAGAAAAUUUUCCUCCAUUAUCAUAUUAUUCAGAAUCAAUAUCGACAAAUAUUGAAGGUGAUCAUGAAUAUAAUACAAUGACAAAUGGAAUUUAUUCAAGUACAACAAUGCAAUCAAAUGAAAAUUUUUCUUAUCCAAACAUGUACAAUUCAUAUUAUCAAGUAUUUCCUCAUCAGGUAGCUACUGAUUAUGAUAACACUUCUCGUUAUAAUACAAAUUAUGGUUUGAUCCCAUAUGAUUCAUCCUAUAUGACAUAUCCAUCGACUUCAUUUGUUCCACAUACAACUACUAAUUUCAACUAUAUGAACAAUCAUUAUCCUUCUACUUAA